AUGUUGAUUCGGCUCUUAGUGUUGAGUCUUUUCGUCGGUUCGGCGCUGAGUUUCAAGCGCAACUGUUGCGGCACAAAGUCGGCAUUUAAGCGACACUGCAGCGACAUCAAAUGUAGCUGUGGACCGAAGCCGCCGCGUAUCAUCCCGGGGCAGCCUGGAAUCCCCGGAACUCCUGGAACGAUCAUCCUCAUCCCUGGUAACCCCGGAACGCCUGGAACGCCCGGUCAAAUCAUCCCGAUUCCCGGCUACAACCCAGGAAGCAACCAGCCCCAGAAAAUCAUUGUUGUCUACGCAGUUCCCGGUCAACAAGCGCCACAAGGGCCGAAUAUCAUCACGAUUCCGGCAAUCAACAACGGUCCACAAGGCCCACAAUACGGGUACAUCCCAGGAACGCCAAGUCAACCCGGAACCCCUCCGACAAUUAUUGUUAUCCCAGGGGUCUCCGGAAAGCCCGGACAGCCCGCUACGAUCAUCCACUAUCCCAACACCCCCAACAGUGAGGGUCCGGUCUACGUCAUCAUUGUGCCAGUUCCGCAAGACCAAGUUCGUCCUCCAUUUGUCAUCCCUGGCAUUCCCGGGAACCCAAGAAGUCCUGGCUACACUGUUAUCAUCCCUGUUGGCCCACAAGGUCCUCGUGGCCCUUCUGGUCCGUACGAUAUCCAGCCUCCAUAUGGACCUAAUGGCGAGCCGCAAGGACCAGUCAAGAUCACCAUCCAGCCCGUGAAUCCCGGACAGAAGCCUCAAGCUCCUCCAUCGCAAAACCCAGGCCAGGUUAUCUAUGUGCCAGGCAAGAAAGGCAAGCCAGGAACCGUUAUUAUUAUUGAGUUCCCUCCUCAAAAUCCAGGACAAGAAGUCCCCGUGAAUCCUUAUGGACCCAGUGGACCGGAGGGCCCGUAUGGACCAGGACAAUACAACCCAGGCUACAAUCCCAUCCCCAUUAUUGUUCAUGGACAGCCAGGCCAGCCUGAGCGCCAGCCUCAGAUCAUCCAGCUUCCAGGCCGCCCCGAUGACAAUCCACAGACUCCGAUCUACAUCUACAUCCGUCCAGUUCCACAAAACCAGGUGGUCCCACCUUACAUCACUCCCGGAUCUCCCAGCAAUCCGCAAGCCCCUGGCUACACCAUCGUGAUCCCAGUUGGCCCGAACUCUCCAAGACAGCCAAGCCAGCCUCAGCCACUUCAGCCACCAACUGGACCCGAUGGACAGCCUCAAAAGCCCAUUGAAAUCAUCACAGAGCCUUUCAAUCCGGCCAACCCUCAGCCAGUGCCUCAACUACCGUAUCCUCAACAAGUUAUUGAUGUUCCGGGAGACAAUGGAGGACCUGGAACUCGCUACCGUAUCAUCUUUGUCCCCGGACCCGAUGGACCUCAAGGCCCCGAUAGACCAGGAGGACCUUAUGGACCAGGACAAGAUGGCCCAAGCCCCUAUGGACCAGGCGGUUAUCCCGGAGGACAGAUCCUUAUCCCAGGCCAACCUGGAAUUCCAGGUACUCCUGGAAAAGUGAUUAUCAUCCCCGGACAACCGGGCCAACCCGCUCAACAACCGCAGAUCAUCAAGUUCCCAGGACGUCCGGAUGAUGGAAGCAACACACCAAUCUAUGUGAUCAUCACACCAGUUCCUCAAGAUCAAGUGAGACCGCCUUAUCUCACCCCCGGAUCACCAAGCAACCCAGAUGCUCCAGGCUACACCAUCAAUGUCCCAGUUGGUCCACAACCUCCUCAAAAUCCGUCCGAACCCAGUACUCUGCAACCACCCGCUGGACCAGAUGGACAGCCUCAAAGGCCCAUCCAAAUCAUCAUUGAGCCAACGAAUCCCAACUCUCCUCAGCCAAUCCCUCAACUGCAGUAUCCUCAAGAAGCGAUCGAUGUGCCAGGCCAGCCAGGACAACCAGGAACCAGAAUCAGGAUCAUAUUUGUUCCCGGAAACAACCCCUCCGGCAAUCAGCCAGGUGGCCCUCUUCUCCCUCCAGGUCCUGAUGGAAAUCAAGUCCGACUUCCACCAGGAGCUCAGCUAAAGCCCGAUGGAAACGGAGGAUAUUAUAUCAUCAUUCCUGGCACCCCAGGAACUGAAGGCACUCCCGACACAAGAAUCGUGAUUCCCGGAACCCAAGGAACUCCAGGAACCCCCGGUAAAAUUGUUUGGAUCCCCGGAACUGCCGAGAAUCCAGGAAAACCGUAUAAUCCAACUGGCCAGACCGACAAUCUGCCAUGGCAACCAAGCCAGAUCAACCCGUCGUCGCCAGGGCAACAGCCUCAGAAUCCUGACAGCAUCUUCUACGGCCCCGGAAGACCCCGUGUCCCAAUUGUGAUCUCCGGAGAACCAGGCCCACGUGGACCUCCCGGCCUCAGCACAAUCUUGGUGAUUCCGGGAAGACCCGGUGUUCCCGGAACUCCAGACCAAGCCAUCUACAUCACUGGACCACCAGGCCCUCCAGGACCCGAUGGCAAGCCCACGAUCAUCCAUGUGCCCGGCGGAUUCCAAGCCCCACCAACCGGAAGGAUUAUUCUGACCGGACCAAGAGGCCCUCCGGCCGGCCCAGGUGCUGACAGCAUUGUCUUCAUUCCGCCUCAUCAAGGAGUCUUCAAGGAUAACCCGAAGAGAAUCAUCAUCACCGGACCGAAGGGUCCGGCGGUCGGUAAAGGCUUCGGAUCCAUCAUCUACAUCCAACCCGACGAUGUGAGCAAUCUGGCUCAGCCAACGCUGCUCUUCGGAUAUCCCGGACCUAAUGGCUCGAAUGGAAGACGAAGUGUCAUCUAUCUCUCGGGCGCACCAGGAGCUCUGCCGGUCGUAGUGUUCGGAGUGCCAGGUCCUCGAGGCCCUGACGGAUUGAGCAGCAUCUUCUACAUCCCCAGCGGCUACAUUCCAGAGGCGGAAUUGCACUUGAGGAGUCUGCAGAUUCCGGCGGAUUUCAGUAUCCAAUUCGUGUUCAGAUUCACGUUCCCGCAAUUGCCAGGGGCUCAAGGACGGAAGGGUAGGGGAAGAGGAGGAAGAGGUAAGAGCGAGAUGUAAUGUCAUGAAAUAAUAACGAUAAUUUUUUAGUGAUCAUCCAAGAAGAAAGCAGCUCCGAUGAAAGCAGCUCUUCAUCUCACUCCAGCCGACACUCCCAGCAGAUUCGUUAUUAA